AUGAAAAUUAUCUAUAGCAUUGUGUUGGAUGUUUAUCAUGGAUUUGAGAAUGAGUUGAAAAAAGAAGGAAGAUCUCACUUGGUCUCUUAUGCCAAGGAUGCCAUGAAAGAAUUGGUGAGAGGCGACCAUCUCGAGGCUGAGUGGUUCCAUAAACGCUGUGUUCCUCCAUUUGACGAAUAUAUGGAAACUGGAUUAAUCACGAUCACGUUUCGUGCAUUGCUGGCACCUUCUUUUCUAGGAAUCGACAGUGUAGGGGCAGAUGCAUUUGAAUGGCUGAAAAAUAGUAAGAUUCUUAGAGCUUCACAAGCAAUUGGUCGCCUCAUGAACGACACAGCAACACGCAAGGUGGAGCAAAAGUUGGGACAUUCUGCCUCCAGCUUACAGUGCUAUAUGAAUGAAAAUGGCGUCUCUGAGGAAGAAGCAAUCAAAUAUAUCAGGGAAGAAGUGAUUGAGAGUGCGUGGAAGGAUAUAAAUGAAGAACAGAUGAGGCCAAAUAUCGUCGUCCCAAGGGAGCUUCUGAUGCUUGUUGUUAACCUUGCACGCGUAGCACAAUCGUUUUAUAAUGUUAACGACGUAUACACAAACACAACAUAUUCAAAGGAAUAUGUCAAGACCACCUUCGUUGAGCCAUUUCCCAUAUGA